AUUUCGACCUGUAAUUGCAGAGCUCCAAAKAUUGAUCAUAAACAGGAAGCCCGAUAUCUCCAGUAGCGUGUUACAGCGUUAUCCAGACUUCCGGCCUUGUGCAACCGUCACGCCAUUACCGAGAAAUAUUAAUGAAAUACCGAGAAACGWACAAUGUAAAUAUAGGGACGUGUCUUUCUGGCUGAAUAUACCAGGAUAGACCAGGCUAAGAUAGAAGAACAGAAUGGAUGCACAAAACCGAGGAAUAGUCUUUGUUAUUCUUCUAAUAUCUUUUAGCAAUGUUGUCGACACUACAAGGAAUUCUACUAGUACUAUUUUUGUAUCGAAAAUAGGUUCCUUGAUUUCGUCUUGUGGCUCAAAAGCGACACCAUGCAGGACAAUAGAUCUUGGACUCCAAAGAGCUUUGAGUCAAGGAAAUAAUACCAGGAUUUCACUCAAACAAGGAUCGUACACUCUUGARAAAAGCUACAAUAUUACAGCAAUCAGUCAUUUUGCUAUGGAGGGAGAAGGUCAAGUUGAAAUCAUCUGCUMCACAGGUAUAGGCAUAGCAUUUAUUUUUGCUACUGACAUCCGACUGUACAACCUGAAACUUCRCAAGUGUGGUGGCUGGCAAAAGAGCUUGAUAAGUUACGAAAAAUCAACAGGAGAAAUACAGCAUAUGGAGUAUUUGACCGCAAUUUACUUCAGUUAUUGCAAACAUUUACAAAUGCAAAAUGUUGUAGUGAGUGAAAGCCAUGGUGUUGCAGUAACAUURACUGAUGUCACUGGGUCUGUUGAUAUUGCUGAUAGUUUGUUUAAGGCUAACGUGCCUGAGUCGAAUGACACCCAUCAAUCUAAAGUGGAUGAAGCACAUGCAGGCGGCGGUAUAUUUGUGAUGUUAAACUCRUAUGGCUACAACCCUAUCAACAUCAGCAGAGAAGACCAUGAUAAAUUCCAACAUCAUGGAAAGUUUAUUCUCAGAAAUGUGCGAUUUCUCGGAAAUGAAGCACGAAGUCCAGAUAUCGACGAUAAGAUUAAUUCACCGCUGACCCCGUUCAGCCGCGGUGGUGGUCUUGGCAUAUAUCUGUUUGGUAACGCAAGUAGUAACACAUUCACCAUGUCACGAUGYRCUUUCAUUGGUAACCGCGCACAGUGGGGAGGGGGACUUCAAACUGAGUUCAAACACRAGACWGGCAAUAACAGCAUAGAAGUUGUUGAAAGCAUAUUUUCUGAAAACUAUGCAAGUUUUGCCGGGGGYGCGGCAAGAAUAGGGGACAUCACCAUUUCAAAGARUGCUAUUGCUCCAAAUAGGUUUAGCUUUAAAGACUGUAAGUUCAUGAACAAUACAUCAAUAUGGGGAGGUGGUGUGUCUAUAUAUGGUACUACAUUUAUUGAGGAUACCCAGUCCCUAUCAGGAGCCAGGGAGAAGUUUGUCUUGACUAACUCUGUGUUCAGUUAUAACAAAGGUAACGUUGGAUCAGCUCUUGGACUGUUUUUAUUUAACCUUAACAAUGACAACAUCGGUCCCUUGGUGGCAGUCCACGUCGUGCUAGCGAACUGCACGAUUACCAACAAYCAUGUCGUCACUAUCAAUGAAGACGUUUUGAUUGGCCAAGGAGCGGUAUAUUCCGUAGAGGUACCAAUCACAUCAAGGGGAUAUCUCAGAAUUUCAAACAAUACCCACACCAGUAUGGUGUUAGACUCAGCAAUAUUAGUGAUUCACGGACAUGUGAAUUUCUCGUAUAAUACAGGCUACAGAGGAGGUGCUCUUGCCAUAUAUGGCAAUUCUAGAGUAAGGUUCGCUCAAAACACCUCACUGUUCUUUAUUGGCAACCAAUGUUCGGAAAAGGGCGGUGCUGUGUUUGUUGACGCACCGGGGUCCCCACAAGUUAGCUUUAACGCAACCGGUUAUGCUACCCAUCAGUGCUUCUUUGAAUACAUCGAAAAGUUCGUUGAUUUUGACCUCUGGGAAACGGAGAUUAUCUUUCAAGGCAACGUUGGACCAAGCGAGGAGUCGGGACUGUCUAUUUAUGCUACAUCUCUUCAGAACUGUCGACGCGUUGACGAGACAAGAAGAAAUAAUAGCGUUCUUAAAUGGAAAAUCAUAAAAUAUCUUGACCGUGAUGGCCUAAAUCACAGCAACAUCAACAAACAAGUUUCAACAGAUCCAGUUGAUGUUGUCUUUCGYCAAAAGGACUGGUUUGUAGCACCAAGUGAGAUCUUCAAUGCUUCGAUCACCCUUCUGGACGAGAUCGGGAACCCUGUGUAUGGCAUGGUGAGCAUUGAUAUUCAGCCGAAGGAACAGACUUCAAGAGUUCGUCUCGCAACAUCGUCUAAUCUCUUCCUCAUCCAUGAAAGACAAGUGGCCCUAUUAACGAUAACUGGUCAUGAUGGUGACCAAUUCGACGUUAUUCUACGAUCAGUUGGGCGAUAUGUCCUUCAAGAAAGUAUCAACAACUUAACUCUUAAAGGCUGUAAUCCUGGCUUUAAAAGCGACGGCAAUGGUARAUGCAUCUGUAACRAACUUGGCGGAGUAUCUCGAUGUGCUGACGAUGGUCGAAACGUUUUUCUAAAGAAAGGUUUUUGGGCGGGACCUAUCAAGCCCAAAUCGUUUCUAACGGCUCCCUGCCCGGUAAACUACUGUAAGUGUCCUAACCCUUUCAAUCAGAACGCUAUCGGAGAAUGUACAUACGUGAAAAGCAAAAUGUGCGCAGGUAAYCGAGAUGAUAACAGUGUUCUUUGUGGAGAGUGUAAACCUGGAUAUACUGCAUCAUUUGGCAGCGAGUCAUGCAUUGAAAAUUGCAGCAAAUCGCACAUCGCCUAUUUAUUUCUAAUAGGUCUAUCGCUAAUAGUGCUAGUGAUGUGUCUUAUGGUUAUAAAUGUUGAUGCUUUCACYGGUUAUCUUAAUGCCUGGCUGUAUUCCUACCAGGUAAUCUUACUUAUCGUACCAGGAACUUUUGAAUUCGAUGAUUUCAUGGAGUUCAUCAUUGGUUUGGCAAAUUUGAGAUUGCGUGUUGGCGACACUGGCACAUGCAUAUUUGAGGGGCUUGACGAAGUGGACAAAUUUGCAAUUAUGUAUAUGUUACCGGGGUUUCUUCUCUUUCUCGUGUUCGUCAUUGCUAAGUUAGUGAAGUAUUUCCCUAACUGGAGGUACAGUCGGUGUGUGAGAGCACCAUACAGCGCUGUUAGUACGAUYUUUGUUUUGUGUUACACCAACAUCACUGGAAUAUCGCUCAAGAUACUCAACCCUGUAUUGAUUGAUGGUAAUGCUAAAGUGUUUGUCCAGGGAGGGCUGGAUGUAUUCCAAGGUAAACAUAUCGCCUAUGGUAUUCUGGCCUGCUUGUGUAUUUUGUUUGUAGUCUUGCUUAUCCCGUUUGUACUGAUCUGUCAGCCCUGUGUCGCAAAGUGCCUUCGACAGUGCUUCAACGUUAACAUGUUAAGCCUGAAACCAUUGUUUGACAAGCUACAAGGAUGCUUCAAAGAUGAAUACCGCUGGUGCGCAGCUUUUUAUUUCAUCAGCAGGCUCAUAAUCCUUUGUCUUGAAACCUUUGUACCACACAGUUCGAUGAAACGAGCUCUUUUGGAAACAGCAUGUGUAGCGGUACUCGUGAUGUUCGUGUGGCUUCGUCCCUACAAAGAAGGCUCGUCCGCUGAUCACACGACUACUGACUACAGCUGGAUCAAUAAUUCUGAUGCUUURCUCCUCACUAACCUUACUCUGAUAGCUGUAUUUAGUUCAGCUAUUGAUGAAAUGAGACCAAACUUUCGUCAGGGUUUAAAAGGGUUUAUAAACUUCCUGGCGUACGUACCAUUGAUGUUCUUGGUAUAUGUACUAUGUCGGUCAUACAAGCAGUACAGUAAGAGUUAUCGCGAUGGACAGACAAAGUGCGACCUUACUUUUCAAAAACGACCUCGACGCGCAGAGGUAACGGAAACUGAGGCAAGCACAAGCGAUAACAUUCGAGGUUCACCGUAUGCUAUAAGUCGCCACAGCGCGGCUGAUUUCUGAACACCACCUACUCUAUGAGACUAAUGGAAGAUGCUGAUCUUUAAAUGAUUGCAUAGCAAGUGGAGAAUGUGCUUACUGUGCUURUCUUAACUAUCGCUAGUGGGAAAAAACUGAUCCUGUGACCUAAUUGAGGGGAUAACGUACUAAAAUCUUCAAGUGUGGUGUUCAAAUGGACAAACAUCAUACAAUCUCAAUAGCUUGGUAGAAAACUAUACUAAUUCAAAGACCAGGCUUAUCUAGAGAACUAAAUACACACUGAUUAUAGAGUGGCUUUCAAUUAAUUGGUACACUUCAGUACUCUAUACUCGGUUAAUUAUAGUUUGCUUUUAGUUAUAUACUUUGUUUCAUGGGUUUUUGGUUUCAAAUAGUAAUCUGGUUAGUWGGGUUCAAACGAAGACAAAGAGGUCCGAUACCAUUUCCAGUAAACACAAUGAGAGAGAUUUAUUCAUUUGYUUUUUUUAAUGCAUUUAAUUUCUGUAGUACACCCAAUUAGAGAGAGCCAUGUUAAAAAUACUUCUUAUAGUCUGCUAUAAUACAAUAUAAUCAAUGAUAAAGUAUUUGACAGGGAAAACAGUAAACAAAAUAUUCUAAUAAUCAAAGUGUAAUCGGCCAAUAAAUUUGAAAGAAACAAUGUCUUAUUCCAGUCACUGUACAGUGGUUUCAGUUAUAAAUCCGUGAAAUACAUUUAUUACCACACUUU